CCGGUGGGCACUUGUCAGAGCCAUUCUAGAGAGAGAAACAGUGUUCAGCUGUCACCGUCCGAAGAGCAGAAACGACGUCGUUGCCGUCGGAGAUGGCGGAGCGCGAUGGCGGCGGAGAGAAGCAAUUGCCCAACGACAACAACAACAACAGCGGGGAGGUUCUGAGCAUCCCGAGGGGUGGACCCCUCUACGUCCCCAAUUUGGUCAGUCCCCUCACCAGUGUUCAUCACUUCCAGUCUUCUCUUCUCCAAGAGCUUCAGGAUUUAGAGGUCGAGAUUUCUUCUUCGGACGCAACCCUAGGUUUUGAUGACGAAGAAGGAGAUAUUUCAGUGGAUGAGCUUAAAAUCUUUACUGAAGAAGAGUUAGUAGAUAUGGCCAUGAAAGAGGCAUUCGAGGAAGGAGAAAAUCAGGAAAAGCCUUCAACACUAGCAGACAGGCUCUCCAAUGAAGAGAAAAAAGAUGAUAGUAAAAUAUCAAACAAUAAAGAUGUGUGUUCAGAAAACGCCACGAGAGAAACAAAUGGUUCACUUGAAGAUGGAAUAAUGAAAACAUGCAGCUCAAGGAAGAAACAAAAAAGGAUGGCACAUCGGCACGCUGGUGAGGAAACAUACAUUGCUAAGGUGGAGGAACUUGCAAAAAUUAAAAAGAAGCAGGAUGAAGAUAAAGCAGCUGUAAGACUGCACUCAUUCAACCCCAGUGGCAGAAUAGUUGAGUGUGCCACUCCAUCCUCUGAGAAAAUUGAAAGGAUGAAGCCCCUCAGAUAUGCAACCACACGAGCUAAGGUGAAGUCAUCAAACAGUAAUGAAUACGUUAGUGUUGUGCAUCCAGAAGUUGCCCUUUACGUGGAGGUUUACCAUAACAUAAAAAGAUGGGUGAAGACCCAAGAAUUCUUGGUUUUAGGAGGACAAACCUUGACUGAGCUGAGGGAUAAGAUCUUCUGUUUGACAGACCAGAUGAUGCAAAAGGCUGGGCAGCAUGAUCCUUCCGGAUAUUUCCUCAUAGAGGAUGUUUUUUGCAAUGAUUUAAGGAACCCAGCCGCAAUAGAUUAUAGCGAACCCAUAUUUGACUGGCUUCGAAACAAUAAGGACGAAGCUCGUAAAAAAUGGGAAUGUAUAAUUACCGGAGAACUGCAGCAAAAGCAAAAGGCAAUUAUCGGUGAUGUGGCUUCACAAUUGCCUCACUUUAAAGCUGUUGACAUGCAAAAGACACGGUUUUGUGACUUGAAAUUUAGCCUUGGUGCUGGAUAUCAAUAUUGUCACCAGGGAGACUGCAAGCAUACAAUUGUCAUACGAGACAUGCGGCUUGUUCAUCCAGAAGAUGUGCAGAACCGGGCAGCUUAUCCCAUUGCCGUAUUUCAACUGAAGCCGCGUGUGCAAAAAUGUUAUGUAUGUAAGAUUUAUAGAGCUACAAAGGUGACUGUCGAUGACAAGUGGGCUCAAGGGAAUCCUUGCUACUUCUGUGAUAACUGCUAUUACCUUCUACAUUAUAAGGAUGGUUCCCUGGUGUAUAGUGACUUCUCUGUGUAUGAUUAUCUGCAUGAUUAAGUGGUAUAACGUCUUUAUAGAAUUACCCUCCUUUGUGCAUUUUGGUUCGAAAGAGAAUUUAGAGUAAACAAUUUUAAGUUAAUGUUAAUUAAUUAAUAUUCAUGAAGGAUUGGAGUUUAUAGUACACUAAUAGUGGAUGUUCCCGAGUCCGACAUACGGGGCUUUACGCUG